AUUGCCACAGUCAGUUACUUGGCUUCAUCUUAGCAACAGUAACAGAGGACUUGCUGUUUGGAAAGAGGAUGUGGGGGUGGGAGGAGUGAUGAGCAGAGAAUAACAUCAGGAGACAGAAGAACAUCUUACAGUGGAGUUGCAGAACAUGGCUGAGGAAAUAAUAAAGUAAUAAGAUGCUAUCCUUACAUUUUGUACCUGCUUUGAAAAGAUGACUUGUAUGGAAAUGGACAUCCACCUGCUCCUAUGGGUUUUGUUGGUCCACCAUGGAAGCCACAGGACUUCAGCUGCGAGGGAGAAUAGGUUUCAAGAAGUUUUCCAAUUGAAACAGCCCGGAGACAAAGAAGCAGCCCCAGGACUUGGGGACACUCUGAAAAUCUAACGGGUAAUUAAUGUGACCAUAAAAUGAAGAACAGUGCACAUCAUUUUGAAUAAGGGCAAGUUUACUUUGUAAAUGUGGAUAAGUAACUUUAAGAGCACUUUAUCUUGGCCAUGUUCCCUCCAAUGGCACUCUUUUGACUGACAUGGAUGCAUUCAUCUCCAAAAGUAGGACAAAGAUGGGACCUCACAACUUUUCCAUGGGUGACCUGCAGGACUAACAGUAUUAUUUCAUCAGCACCCUUUUUUUUUUAUAAACCAGCAUGUCCCUGAACCGGGUCCACGCCACAGAGACAGAACAGUCUGUGGAAUACUCUGUGGAGUACUCCGGCCAAGUUCCCAGUGACUCCAGCGACGCGGCAGGUCAAGCGCGUGAGGUGACCGUGCUCCAGUCCAGCUGUUGCCACUGCCUGCCGCGCGCUGUUCGCCUCACUUUCACGCCAGCGUCACUGGAGAGGAUUUAUCAGAACUAUUUCCGCCGACAGAGACAAGAAAACUUGCACAUGCUGGGGAUGUUUGCCGCUCUUUUUAACAGUUUCAUUAUAAUCAUGUGCGCGGUAGUGUACACUGAAGACAAACUGGCGAUGGUGGUGGUCGCAGCGGUGGCUUUGGCUGCUGAUGUUGUCCUUUGCGCGCUGUGCUGGUUACAGAGGCUCCCUGCGUCACCGGUGUGGCGCGGAGCAGUGCCGUACAUACUGUGGCUGAUGAUAACCGUGCAUGUUUUGUGUUACAUGUGUCUGAACUAUGAGCGAUUCCCCCAAGCCAGUGACUCUGUCGGCUGGCAGGCGUUUUUCAGUUUCUCCUGUUUUCUGACGCUCCCACUGAACCUGGUGCCGCUGCUGCUGCUGACCGCGCUCUCCUGUGGGGUACACACACUGGUGCUGGGGGUCACUGUGGCUCAGAGGUUUGAGGAUAAUCAGCAGGGGCCCAUGCUGGUUAGACAGCUCCUCGCCAAUGUGAUGCUGUACCUGUGCUCUGCCGUGGUGGGUGUUAUGUCUUACUACAUGGCAGACAGAAAGUACAGGACAGCUUUUCUGGAGGCUCGUCAGUCGUUGGAGGUCAAACUCACACUGGAGGAGCAGAGCACCCAGCAGGAGGACCUGUUACUGUCCAUCCUUCCCAAACACAUUGCAGAUGAGAUGCUGCAGGGCAUGAAGAACCAGGCUGAUCAGCAGGAGGUUCAGCACCAGCAGUUCAACACCAUGUACAUGUACCGCCAUGAAAAUGUCAGUAUCCUGUUUGCUGACAUCGUGGGUUUCACCCAGCUGUCCUCAGCCUGCAGCGCUCAGGAGCUCGUCAAGCUGCUUAAUGAACUGUUUGCCCGAUUCGAUAAACUGGCAGCUCGAUAUCACCAGCUGAGGAUAAAGAUCCUUGGUGACUGUUACUACUGCAUCUGUGGUCUUCCUGACUUCAGAGAGGACCAUGCUUUCUGCUCUAUAAUGAUGGGUUUAGCAAUGGUAGAUGCCAUCUCGUAUGUGCGAGAGAAGACAAGAACUGAAGUGGACAUGCGUGUUGGAGUUCACACAGGCACCGUGCUGGGUGGAGUGCUGGGGCAGAAGAGAUGGCAGUUUGAUGUUUGGUCAACAGACGUUACUGUGGCCAAUAAGAUGGAAUCUGGAGGGAUUCCCGGGAGGGUGCAUAUUUCCCAGACCACCAAGGAUAGUUUGCAUGGAGAGUUUGAGCUGGAGCCAGGGGAAGGAGGGGAUAGGUGUGAGUAUCUGCUGGAGAAAGGCAUCGACACAUAUCUGGUCCUGGUGUCGAAGCAGAUGGUAAAUGGGCUGAGCGGAAAUAAACCAGGCACUUUGUCCAACAGAAAUUCAAACCAGUUGAUCAACACAACAGCAACCAAUGGGAGCACAGCAUCACCCCAGUCCCCGCCCACUGAGUCCAAACAAGAGAGGAUCAAGAUGGUCGAAGAGCAAGUGAUCAACAGACGACUGCAGCAGGAGCUUAUGGAGAGAGAAAGUCAGCAGAUAAUGAAAGAUCAUAAGAUCAACCAUGUGUCUCUGCAAUUCUUGGAUGGGAAGUUGGAGGAGCGUUACUCCUCGGAAAAGGAGAAGAGAAGCGGAGCAGCUUUCUGCUGCUGCAUCAUAGUGCUCUUCUUCAUCACAGCCAUGGAGGUGUUCAUAGAUCCUGUGCUGGCUGUGAACUAUGUGACUCUGGCAAUAGGAGAGGUAUUGUUGCUCAUCCUCACAGUCUGCUCUCUGGCGGCCGUCUUCCCAAGGAUGUUCUCUAAGAGGUUGGUGUCUUUCUCGAUUUGGAUUGAUCGCACACGUUGGGCCAGAAACACAUGGGCCAUGGCAGCCAUUUUUGUUCUCACCAUGGCUGUGAUCGCAGAUAUGCUGAGCUGUGUUCCUCCAUCCCUCCGAGUCUUCAACAGCUCCUUGGGCCCCAUGUUGGAGUCCCUUGGCGACAAAGGCUGCGCGGAGCAUCCAAAGCACUAUAGCUUCAUGGCUGUGAUGUCACUAAUCGCUACUGCCAUGUUGGUUCAGGUCAGCCACCUUAUUAAACUGGGCCUCAUGGUGCUGGUCAUUACAGCAACAGGAGCGGUUAAUAUCUACAGCUGGCGGGACAUCUAUGACCUCUACGACUACAUACAGUUUUCCUCAUACAGAACAUCCAUAGUUCCGUCCAAAUACCUCAUGACCAUGAUGAUCAUUGUCAUGAUGAUUAGCUUCUACUUCUUUGCCCGCCACUUGGAGCAUCAGUCCAGGAAGCUGUUCCUGUGGAAGAUUGGUGUUCAUGAUCAGAAGGAACGAGUGUUUGAGAUGAGGCGCUGGAACGAAGCGCUCGUCACCAACAUGCUUCCCGAGCACGUGGCCAAACACUUCCUGGGAUCAAAGAAGAGAGAUGAGGAGCUGUACAGCCAGUCUUAUGAUGAAAUUGGUGUGAUGUUUGCCUCCAUACCAAACUUCUCUGAUUUCUACACUGAGGAGAGUAUCAACAACGGAGGCAUAGAGUGUCUGAGGAUUCUCAACGAGAUCAUCUCUGACUUUGACAGCUUAUUAGAUAGGGAUGAAUUCCUCUGCAUCACUAAGAUCAAGACAAUAGGAAGCACCUACAUGGCUGCCUCAGGACUCACUCCAGACAGCAGCACUAAUGGAUACAGCAGCCGCAAGCCAGAGGACCAGUCUAUGAUCGAGCGCUGGCAGCACCUUGCAGACCUUGCAGACUUUGCCUUGGCUAUGAAAGUCACCCUCACUAACCUCAACAAGCAGUCCUUCAAUAACUUCAUGCUCAGAAUAGGUCUGAAUAAGGGGGGAGUUCUGGCUGGAGUUAUUGGAGCUCGUAAGCCUCACUACGACAUCUGGGGCAACACAGUGAAUGUGGCAAGCAGAAUGGAGUCGACAGGAGUUAUGGGAAACAUUCAGGUGGUGGAGGACUGCUACAACAUCUUAAAGGAUUAUGGCUUCCGUUUUAUCAGAAGAGGGCCCAUCUUUGUCAAAGGGAAAGGGGAGCUGCUAACCUUCUUCAUGAAAGGGAAAGACAAACCCAAAGGCAAUUGCGGUCAAGUGACCACCACUCUUCCACACCAAGUUGGGGACCCAUCUUGACUCUUGAAAAUACCUUUAACACUAAGAAAAGCCUUGGUCAGAUUUCCAGUUUGCUUUAUUUCUCUUGUAUACAGUUGUUAUUUACCUACAUUGAUACUCUAUGUAGUUUUGAAUAGCUUAUGGAAGUACACUAACACAACAACUAGUUCUAUUAUAAGCAUCAUUACUAUAACAUACCGUUUCACACACACACACACAGAUUUGAAGAACACAAACAGAUUCUGUAUAGUUGCACAUGAGGAUUAAAAGCUUGGAAGAGAGUUAUGAAUACCUUUCCUUUGCAGUUUUUCCUGAGCUCAGGUAUUGUAAAAAUCAUGUUGCUUUAUCACAUUGUAUUUUGUUUUAAUAAAAUAUGUUUGCACUGUA